UCUUGCUGUCAUUUGACAAAUCUUCAUCUGGCACAGGAGUUCCAGGUCAUUAGGUAAGAGAUGUGUAAGAGGAUGACACCAAAGACACUUCCAGGAGGAUCUGGACGAAGAGAGGGAGAGAAGAACCGGAUGUUAAAAAAGAACCACCGCUACAACACAUAAAAUAUUAAAGAAAUACCAUAAAAGUGAUUACUUUCAUAGGCUUCGAUGUUACGAAUUCUAACUUUUUUUCCCCCUUCAUUUAAGAAACGUGUAAGCAUAAAUUUGACUUAACACCUUUAUUUAUACGAAUUUAAGACAAUAAGGCAUCUGGAAGCAACCAUUAUUGAUGUUCAAUACGAGCCAAGUAUACUCCUUUGCGCGAUUGGUCGAAGCGAUAGCAGUAGGUGUUGCCUAAAUGCAGUGCCCACCUACUAGGUCUUAUCCCACUAGCACAUCGAUCAUAGCGUAAAGACACUGCUGCGGGGUGUUGGCUGCGUUCGAGUAGUCGGAGUAGUCCAGUGAAGAGGGUAGCGGAGAGACUAUUUCCGCGAUGAGUUGUGCAGAAAUAAUGUAUCAGCCGUACUCGCCGUACUUUCCGUAUCAGAGGCCGGCGGCUGCAGCGGUGGCUGCUGCCGCCUCGACUCCUACAGCAGCAACUAGUCCCGUCACCUUAACGGCGGCACCUCCUCCCAUACCACAGACUCAACUGUCUAAAAAAUUUGGAAUGCCCAAAACAAACGAUGUUCUGGAACACGCUGCCGCUUCUACAGCUGCCGCUAGCGGAAGCGACUAUAGCACAACAGCAGCAAGAGCCACCGGCGAUUGUGCUGUAGGCCAUGCUGCUACCGACGCGGAGAAGAGCAGAGUAGCCUCAGGAACUGCCGAUGCCCAAUAUCUAUCGGCCAAUUGCGUUGUCUUUACAUACUACACUGGUGAUUUAGCAUCGGUUGUAGACGAACAUUUUAGUCGAGCUUUAAGUCAACCCAGCAGCUACUCCCCCGACACAGACAGAGGAUCGGUGAUGAAAGAUAGUCCACCUAUGUCACAAAGAAAUUUUCCACCAUCCUUCUGGAAUUGCAACUAUCAGCCCACAUCGACAAGUUUGGGUGCCAUGUCAGCUACCAGCACAAACCAUCCGGACAUCAGUUACGCAACAGACUCUUAUCAUUCUGGCACUUUGCAUGCUACAAUUCAUCAAGGAGAUCCAUGGCAUUAUACAUUCACUGGACAUGCACAAUCGGCAGGUCCAUACGGUGCUAGGCCAACUGUUCACGAUUUAUCAUACACAAAUAUGAGUGCGACUAAUCGUUUCAAUCCACAAUACGGCUCUUUAUUCCUCCAACCUCCAGUCAGAUCCACAAGACUUACGCCAGUUACACCUGGUUGUGCUGGUUUAGAAAAAGCUACAGAUACCUGGGGAACUAGCAGGUACCACGAACCUCUCACAGCUCACAAUUUAAGUCACAUGGAUACAAAUUAUGGUGCAACGUACAGUCCAAUGGGUGCUAUGACAGAUCACAACAAUGGUGGGUACAUGUAUGAGUUCUACAAGCUGCAGUCAAUACAUGCUCCUCGAUCGUACCGGUGAAUCUGCACAUCAGCCUUGCAAUGAGUAUGUUUGAACAACUAUCUUCGGACUGGAAAGUCAAGUGCAAGAUACUAGCAAAGACUUAUAUUGGUUUUGAAGUGCUUUUCAAAAAUUCGACACGUCCAACGAAAUUACAAACGGACAAAACGGAGGGUGACAUAUUUUAAUGACAUAACGAGUGCACGAGAGGAAAAGACAUGUCCCUUCUAGCCAUUGAAAUGGAAUUUUGUGGAUGCACAAAUUAUCUCGUUGUAUAUAAAACUAUUUAUUAUGAGGUACCUGCCAAAACUUGAAGAGAUUAUAGAAUUGAAUUGGACUUUAAUUGGGAGUUUCCUCAGAGAGUUUCUUCGAUGGUAUAUGUCCUUCGUGUAUACCAGUUCGACCUGCAUUUUUUAAAUCUGUAAUAUUUGGCUAGUUUUCAAAAUGUCCGUGAAUGUUAAAAUAAUUCUGCACUGUAAGUAGCUUAAUUGUGAUUGUUUUAUAAUU